UUCGCGGCACGCAGUUUCGCGCUAAAAAAAAAAGAAGAAGAAAAAAAAAGAAGCAGAGAAAGGUUCAGGGAUUCGAGAGCGAGGCGAGAGGGAGUCGGUGCAAUCGGUCUCUCUCCCCGAUCCCAGCGCAUCGCGUUUCUGCCGAGCCCGCGGGUACCCCAGAGACCCCUUCCCGGAGCCGGCUGGACCCCAGGCGCCUAAGCCUUCGGGGGCCCAGGGCCCUCGCUGGUCGCAGCCGUCCUCGGGGCGGGACAGCCCCUGGCUGUGCCGCCGCCGCCGCCGCCACCAAGCGAUCUCCAAGCGGCGAUCUCCAAGCGCUGUCCGGCUCGGCGGCGGGCCAGGAGGGGAGGGUCUGGCCUUGCCCCGCCGGCGUCCAUUGGCGGCUUCCCCCGGCCUCCGCGCCAUGCCGCGGGCCGUGUGAGCCACCCUAGGCUCCGAAGCCCGCAGGUGUCUGCGGGCGCGCCAGGCCCGGCUGGGGAGGGGGGCGCUGCACUCGCCAUGCUGCGAGGGCCCCGGGUCCUGGCUCCUGCCGCGGGGCCGCCCCCAACGGGACUGCCCGCGAUGAGCCCCACCGAGCUGUGGCCGCCCGGCCUUAGCAGCCCCCAGCUCUGCCAGGCCACCACCACCUACUACACCCAGCUGUACCCGCAGACUAUGCCUCCCGCCGCAGCGCCGGGCACCUGCCUCGACGCCACCCCCCACGGACCGGAGGGCCAAGCUGUGCGAUGCGUGCCGGCUGGCCGGCUGCCGGCCAAAAGGAAGCUGGACCUGGAGGGGAUCGGGAGGCCUGCGGUCCCUGAAUUCCGGACUCCCAAGGGGAAGUGCAUUAGAGUGGAUGGCCUCCCCAGCCCCAAAACCCCCAAGUCUCCCGGGGAGAAGACUCGCUAUGACACGUCACUGGGGCUGCUCACCAAGAAGUUCAUUUACCUCCUGAGCGAGUCCGAGGAUGGGGUCCUGGACCUGAACUGGGCUGCUGAGGUGCUGGAUGUGCAGAAGCGGCGCAUCUAUGACAUCACCAAUGUGCUGGAGGGCAUCCAGCUCAUCCGCAAGAAGGCCAAGAACAACAUCCAGUGGGUAGGCAGGGGACUCUUUGAAGACCCCACCCGGCCUGGGAAGCAGCAGCAGCUGGGGCAGGAGCUGAAGGAGCUGAUGAGCAUGGAGCAGGCCUUGGACCAGCUCAUCCAGAGCUGCUCUCUGAACUUCAAGCACCUGACGGAGGACAAGGCCAACAAGAGACUGGCCUACGUGACUUACCAGGACAUCCGAGCUGUGGGCAACUUUAAGGAGCAGACGGUGAUCGCUGUCAAGGCCCCUCCACAGACAAGACUGGAAGUGCCUGACCGGAGCGAGGAGAACCUGCAGAUAUAUCUGAAGAGCACGCAGGGGCCCAUCGAGGUCUACCUAUGCCCGGAAGAGGUGCAGGAGCCUGACAGUCCUACCAAGGAGCCCCUCGUCUCCACAUCCGCUCUCAGCCCCAGCCCUGACUCCACCCAGCCCAGCAGCAGCACCAGCCCUGGGAUCACAGAACCUACCGCAUCCUCAGCGCCAGCCCUGACGUCCCAGCAGGUCCCACCACCACCCCCGCAAUCCCUUGUUCCCCUGGAGGCCACCGACAGCAUGCUGGAGCUGCCACACCCACUUCUGCAGCAGACUGAGGACCAGUUCCUAUCGCCGACCCUGCCAGGCAGCUCCCCUCUGCUCAGCUUCUCCCCGCCCCUGGACCAGGAUGACUACCUGUGGGGCCUGGAUGGUGGGGAGGGCAUCAGUGACCUCUUCGACUCCUAUGACCUUGGAGACCUGCUGAUUAACUGAAGGGCCCUGCCUGCCCCCAGCAGCCCCGCCCCACCUCUGCCUCCUCACAGAUGGACUGACAGGCCUUCUGCCUGCACAGGAUGUGGGAUGCGAGGUGCUGGCCUCAGGUUAUGGGGAGGCCUCCCCCUUUCCUACCCACCUGCCAACCAACAUGGUCCCGGGGAUGGGAGGAUACGGGUGAGGAGCCUGUUGGGGGCUGGGUCCCUUCCUUCCUAAUGGAAAGGCCUAGCCAGUCUUCUGACCUCCGACCUCUCAUGUGAUGGGCCACAAGGGAGGUGACCGGGUCCAAAGAGAGGUCCCGCACCUGCCUUUGGAGGGGCAGUGAGGACCCUCAACUUAUCGAGAAGCACUUAAUGCCUUUGUAUUUAUUUCAGGUUGAGUCUGUUUGUUUGCCUUCCCUGAAUUUUAGCAGGGAGGUUGUUCUAGUUUCUAGUAAGACUUCUCCUCAGACAGGCCCAGCGCUGUCCCUGUCCAAGGGUGGGCUGGGGCUUCCAGGGCCCAGGCCAUCUCCCAGAGUCCCCAAAGCGUGGGGCGCUGGGCCUCUGAGGAGCCGUCCGGUCUGCUGGAAUGCUGAUUGCACUUAGGCCUCCCAGUUCUAGCAAAGGGGGUGGGGGUGGGGGACUGCAGGAUUCCUGGUCCCCUCUGUCCCAGAGUUGGUUCUAGGGAGCCACCCCGGCGCAGGCGAUGGCCAGUUAAAGAGACCUCUUCCUGUGGAAUUCCUUGCUCCCCCUCCCCUUAGAACCUAAAAACCAUCCUUUGGGGAUUCAGCCCAGAAGAGCCUCUGGGGAACUGCGGAAGCAGCUGCAGUGCUGCUGUGGACACCUCUCCUCCUGUUGUCACCGCCCCUCGCUGGGUCAGUGAGGACCUGGGAGGCAGGUCACCCACCGCAGACAAAAUAAGCAACUGCUAAAAGCACUUCCUAGAGCAGCUGCUCAUCCCGUCCCUGGAAGGAUUUUUUUUUUCCCUGCAUUUGUUAAAGGGGGUGAGUCUUUACAGACCUCCCCUUCCCCUCGGUCCUCACACAGACUUCUAGGGACAGAAAUGACCAUGCGUUGAUGGCAUCUUGGCUCCUUUUGUCACAGGAAUGCUGAAGGGGUGACAGGGAAGUGUCUUCCUUGUAGACCAGACUUUGGCAGCUAAUGGGGAGAUGGGCUCCUGUUAUCUUUCCAGGCUUGGGGUCCCAAGAAAGUCUUUUGGCCUCGCUGUUGCCCCAUCCCCCGGAGGCUUGACCUACAUCGUUCCUGUAGCCCAGCUGGGUAGGGGGGAGUCAGCUCUCCUUCCCCAUGCAACUUGGAGAAAGGCAGCCGGGCUGGUGGUCUGAGAGACCCGUCACCCACCCUCAGGGAGCUGGGUUUCCUCAGGGGCUCAGCUGGGCAGCACUUUUUUUUUUUUUUUUUUUUUAAGUUUGUAGCAUUAAGUUGGCUUCAAAUAUGAAGUUGGCUCUGUGGGGUUGCUCCUAAGCUGACCUACUGGCAUCUGAAGUUUGGAAGGUGGGCUUCAAUGUGAGCUCAUGCCCACCUGGGGACAGUCAUACCUUGUCAUUUGCUCAACUUCCUGGGCCCCCAAAUGAGUGCCCUCUCAGGAAUGGUCACAGGCGCUCUGCUCUAUAAACAGGGCUAAUUUUGUACGCUUUACAGAGGUGCCUUUGGACUCCUCUCCCCAGAUACUCACAGGGGUCUCAUCUUUCUCCUCGACUUAAAUCAGAGAGAAGGGAGAAGAGGCUGGCAAGACCCACCAGGAAUGAAUUUAAUGGUGAAGUCUGGCCAGAAUGUCAGCUCAUUCUCCAAACGCCCAGCCAUAGGCCUGGACAGAGGGGCUGCCCCUUGUCCCUUCCUGCUCUGUCCCCUCCAUGCCUGGUCUGGCCCAGGGGCUCAACAGCCCAGGCCAACCCCCAGGCUCAUUUAGGAAACAAGCUUGUGUCCCUUUCUUACCGGUGACACCUGAAAUGUCCCAAGUUCCAUCCAGUGCUUUAAGAAGUAUUUUGAAUGGAAUUCCCUUUAGGGGCCCAGUACCUUUUCAACCCAGGUAGAAGAAAAGCCAAUUUCUUUCUAAGAUACCUUAUUUCUGCCAGGAAAUUUUCCAGUCCCUCUGGCAGCCCCUACAUCACUCAUGUCCCCAGAGGCAUCCAAGGUUCGGGGGCUCCAGGGAACCCAGUAGCAUUAAAUUGUUCAGGAGCGUGGGAGAUGCAGAGAUUUCUUAAAACCAGAGUGACAUCCUUUCUCCAUGGCUGUGCUGUGGUCUGAGCAGUGUGGCAGCAGGGAAGGGGAGGCUGGUGGAGCAUGUAGGACUGCCUCUAGCGUGGUGUUGACUUUACUUUCUCUUCCCACGUGUUCUCAGCCUCAGUUCUGUGCAGCAUUUAGUUUUUGGUGAAAGGGUUUAGGUGUUCCCGCACCCGAGUGUUGUGUGGCUUAAUGCGUUUGAAGUAAAAGCUUUUGGGGGAUGUUUACAGCAGCUUUCUGGUUCUUGUCACUGUGUCCUCAGGUCCCUGCCUCAUCAUGGGACCCUGUCCUCCCACUGGGACCCUCAGGGACCAGAAGCCCAGCCAGCCUGCUGGCUCCUGGGUAAGUGAAGAAGCCUUGUAUGUGCCAUGUGCCACACGUGUCUAGAGGGAACCUGGUCUGUGUGCUGGACUCAGUUCGGGUCUCUUACCUCCAGCCUGAUUUUGCCCUGGGUUCUGCCUCGAUGACCUCCUUGUGUUGUGAUGAUCAGGCAUUAAAUGACAACUCUACGCA